AUGAGAGAUAUCUCACGAGCAGCAAAGGUCCAUAAUGCUGAUAAUCCAUUUGGUGGGAAGACGGUUGUCUUUGGUGGUGAUUUUCGCCAAAUGUUGCAUGUUAUUCCUAAAGGGAGUAGGGGGCAAAUUGUUCAAGCUUCUCUUACUUCUUCGGUGUUGUGGCGCUAUUGUACUGUACUUUCUCUAACAAAAAAUAUGAGGCUAUCAGUGGAUGCAGACCCUGCGGAGAAUGAAACCAUCAAAGAAUUUUCAGAAUGGAUUUUGAAACUAGGAGAUGGAAAGCUAUCAGAACCAAACAAUAGUGAAGCUGAGAUCAAUAUACCAAAAGAAUCAUUCUUUAAAGACCGUGCAAUACUUUGUCCUACUAAUGACGUUGUCGAGGAGGUCAAUAAUCACAUUAUGGAUCUUCUCCCUGGAGAGUCAAAGGAAUACUAUAGCUCAGACAAAAUCUGCCCUUCUGAUACUACUAUGAUCAGAGAUAAUAAUGUCUUGGUUGAAUUUCUAAAUUCAAUAACAUGUUCUGGAUUACCAAACCAUGUUCUGAAGCUGAAGAAAGGAGUUCCUGUGAUGCUUUUAAGGAACAUUGAUCAGAAAAAGGGUUCGUGCAAUGGUACAAGAUUGCAAAUAACUAAGAUGGGAGAAAAUGUUCUGGAAGCACGUGUCAUUACUCAAAUCGAAAGCGGUGAUUCAGACAAAAAAGUCUUUAUUGCAAGAAUGUUGCUCACACCUACGGAUGUGAAAUUGCCUUUUCAGUUUCAUAGGAGACAAUUUCCAAUAUCUUCUUGCUUUGGAAUGACCAUUAACAAGAGCCAAGGUCAGAAUUUAUCUCAUGUAGGAAUCUAUUUGCCAAGACCGGUUUUUACUCAUGGUCAACUUUAUGUUGGUGUGUCAAGAGUUAAAAGUAGAAAAUGUCUAAAGAUCUUAAUUGUUAAUGGAGAGGGGAAAAGGGAUUCCAAAACAACGAAUGUUGUUUUCAAGGAGAUAUUCCAGAAAAUCAGACCUUCAUAA